CUUCUCCGUCUCUCCGACCUUCCUGUUCCAACGAACGAACGAACGCACACCACCUCUUUAAAACUUUUCUCCCACAAAAUCAAAUCUCUCCAAAUGAUUCAAACCAAAUGCUGAAAGAAAAAGAAAAACACAAAGUCAAAAAUCCACACAACUUCCCACGCGCCGCCCGCCAUUGAAUCGUGAUGAGUUCGUUGAAGCAACUAACCAGGCUCGCCAACGGCCUAUCGCUCGUAGCGAAGGAGAUCUACCACCAGUCUCCCGAGCUACAGAGAGCGAGGAACGGAGAUCUCGAGGCUCUGGGGAGAAAAGCCUUGGUCGCCGCCACCGACUUGGUCGGACUCACCUCCGGGAAGCUUCGCAACCUCUCUAACCGCCGAUCCAAGGAGCCGUCCGUCGUCUACUUCGACGAAAAGGAAGACGACGGAUCGAGCAAAGCCGAUGUAGUAACCGUCACGCCUGAGGUUGUUGCGAAACCUAGCUCCGUCGAGAGUACUGUUGAUUCGAAGAUCGUGAGAAGUGAAUCUAUCGAUGAAGCUAGGGUUAUAGAUAGAGAUGGCGAGACCAAGGUUAUAGAUAGAGCUGAAGCAGCAUCAUCUCCGUUGGAGGUAGCAGCUCCGGUGAAGAGAAGGAGGCCUAGAGAACGGAAGGUUCCAUCAACUCCUAUGGCAAGAGCUUAUGGGUUUUUCAAUCUUGGAGCUGGUCUUGCUUGGGGAGCUGUUAAAGAAUCGACCUACAGGCUUGUGAACGGGACACCACCCACACAAGGGAACCAACCUGCGCUCUCGUCUCUACUUUCUGAGGAGAAUGCGGAAAGGUUGGCUCUUGGGUUGUGUGAAAUGCGCGGAGCUGCUCUUAAAGUUGGCCAAAUGUUGAGCAUACAGGACGAGAGUCUUGUUCCUGCCCCGAUCUUGAAUGCUCUGGAACUUGUGCGUCAAGGUGCAGAUGUGAUGCCAAGGAGCCAACUUAAUCCUGUUUUGGAUGCUGAGUUAGGUCCAAACUGGCAAUCUAAGUUGGCUAGUUUUGAUUACGAACCGCUAGCAGCAGCGAGUAUUGGUCAGGUGCACCGAGCUGUUACUAAAGAUGGAUUAGAAGUAGCGAUGAAGAUUCAGUACCCUGGCGUUGCCAACAGCAUUGAAAGUGAUAUCGAAAAUGUCAGACGCUUGUUAAACUAUACAAAUCUAAUUCCAAAGGGACUCUUUCUAGACAGAGCUGUAAAGGUUGCCAAAGAAGAGUUGGCACGGGAGUGUGACUACGAGAUUGAAGCAAUCAGUCAAAAGCACUUUCGUGAUUUGCUUUCGGACACUCCAGGGUUCUACGUUCCUCGUGUGGUAGAUGAGCUUUCAAGCAAAAAAGUCCUAACCACAGAACUUAUCUCUGGAGUUCCCAUUGAUAAAGUAGCCUUGUUAGAUCAAGAAACACGAGAUUAUGUCGGGAGGAAGAUGCUUGAACUCACAUUGAAGGAACUCUUUGUGUUCCGCUUCAUGCAGACAGAUCCAAACUGGGGCAACUUCUUAUACGAUGAACCCGCAAGAACAAUCAAUCUUAUCGAUUUCGGAGCAGCUCGUGAUUACCCCAAGAAGUUCGUCGAUGACUAUCUUAGAAUGGUGAUGGCUUGUGCUGAUAAAGACAGUAAAGGAGUGAUUGAAAUGUCGAGGAGACUCGGGUUCUUAACCGGAGACGAACCAGAUGUGAUGCUUGAUGCUCACGUCCAAGCUGGUUUCAUUGUUGGUCUACCUUUUGCAGAACCUGGUGGCUAUGCUUUCAGAACCAACAACAUUACUUCUAGCGUCUCGAGUUUAGGAGCAACCAUGUUGAAACAUAGGCUCACACCACCGCCUGAUGAAGCCUAUAGUCUUCACCGUAAACUAUCUGGUGCUUUCUUGGCUUGUAUUAAGCUUGGAGCCACCGUUCGUUGCCGUGAUCUCUUGCUCCAAGUAUACGAGAAGUAUCAGUUUGAUGAUGAGCCACAAGAUCCAGUGGUGGCUACGAGAUCGGUUUCUUUGUAAACCACUCGUGCACACAAACUAUGUUAGCCAUUAUUUUUCUCCCGUCUGGAAGUAGGAACACGAUUCUUGUUUUAGUACACAAUUGAGUUUAAUUUUAGAAUAAAUUGGUAAUAUUUUUCACUAAGUUGAAAUAUUACAAUACCCUGCAGAAAUCAAUCAACAAAGUUUUUUUUCGAUAAA